AUCCUAAUCCAAAUUCUCAGAAAUUUCAAUGAUGAAAUUGAAGAAUAAUCUAAACAUCUCAUUCUUGACUUUUAUUUCCAAGUUAAAUUAAAUCAUAAUUUAAUACUUGUUUAAUUUUUUUUAUUUGAAUAAUGGUUUGAAUUUUUCAAUUUUAUUGGCGGAUUUCAUUUGACAUUUUCUCAUUUCAAUCACGUUACAUGGCCAUUUUUACACAGAUCAACUCUGUUUUUUAAUCCAAUUCUUAAAUUUCAAUUUAAUUUCAAUCUGAAAAAACUUAAUGGAUCGGAGAUUGAACCCGGUAUAUUUAAGGCAACAAAGCGCGGCAGACUCGCCGCAGGCGCCAUCGUCGCCGAUGAUGUCUCCGUUACACCCUCGCCACGUCCGUACGGGAUCAGCCGGCAUGCCUAACAUGAAAAAAGCACAGACAAAAGCCGCAGCACAACGGCUCGCGCAUGUUAUGUCGCAUCAACCAGCUGAUGACGAUGAAGACGACGACGACGAUUUUGCUUAUGAUUAUCACGCUAGCGGUAUUGGAAGCAUCGGUCUCGCCGGCGGUAAACGAAUGCCGCGUCCUCAAUCUCCGGUGACUUCUAAAGCUUUAUCGAUGAGUCCUGCGAAAGUGAGGAAGCAUCAAUCUGUAGGAGAUGAUGAAUUUGAUAAGGAGGAUGAUUAUGGAAGCAUUGGAUUCUCAGGUGGAAGACGAAUGCGGCGGCCGAAGUCUCCGGUGGCUAAAGCUGUACAUAUGAGUCCAGCACCAGUGAGGAAACCACAACCUGUAGCUAUAGGGGAUGAUGACCAUGACAAGGAUGAUGAUUAUGGCUUAGUAACUGGUCCCGUCACCAUUGGCCGUGCUGGUGGAAGGUCUAUGCGAGCUCGUUCGCCUUUGGGUGCUCGGACCAAACAAGAACAGCCUGUUACUACUCAGUCAGCAAUAAGUACUCGACCAUCACUAUCUAUUAGCCUAGUAGAACAUUCAUCACCAGCUUCUUUGUAUUCACCGCCCACAACUUCGACUGAACAACCUGUAUCUGCUCGUCGAUUACCUUCUAGUUCCAUAGAGCUGCCUUCGUCUGGUCGUUCAUCAUUGUCUAUUCGAUUACCUAAUUCCAGUGAACAACCUCCAUCUGCUCGUGCUACUUCAGCUGGCCGUCCCAAUAUUAAGACUCUUCCUAUGCCUUCCAGUGUACCUAUUUCAUUACGACCAGUCUCAGUUUCACAAGAUUCUUCACUGGAAAAUCGGAAAGAUAAAAGAUCACCUAUGGAUUUUGGGACUGCAAACUUAAGAGAUUCUAGCAAUAAUCAUUCUGCUUCUGCGUUACAGGAUGAGGUUGAUAUGCUACAGGAAGAGAAUGACAAUCUCGUUGAAAAGCUUCGACUUGCAGAGGAGAGGUUUGAGGAAACAGAGGCAAGAGCUAGGCAGCUUGAGAAACAGGUUGCCAGUCUUGGAGAAGGUGUAACACUAGAAGCUCGACUGUUAAGCAGAAAGGAAGCAGCUCUGCAACAAAGGGAGGCUGCUUUGAGAAUGGCAGAACAAACUAGCAAACCAGGAGAUAUUGCUGCUCUCAGGACAGAAGCUGAGGCUGCUAAGGAUGAGGCAACAUAUGCUCUAGAGCAGCUCCAGGAAUCAGAGUUUGAAGUUAAAUCGCUCAGGAGUAUGACACAGAGAAUGAUUCUGACUCAGGAAGAGAAGGAAGAAGUUGUUCUAAAGAGAUGUUGGCUUGCACGGUAUUGGAGAUUAUGCGUGGAACAUGGUAUACACCCGGAGAUUGCGGAAGCAAAACACGAGUACUGGUCAUCCUUUGCGCCUCUUCCUGUUGAAGUUGUAUUAGCUGCAGGACAGCGAGCUAAAGAUGAGAACUCAUCAGCAGCAAAUAGUGAUACAAAUGAAGGGGAGAAGGCCAUACGGGAUGUAAAUGAAUUUUUCGGAGAUGGAAAUAUUGAAAGCAUGCUUAUAGUAGAGAUGGGUCUGCAAGAAAUGGCUUCUUUAAAGGUAGAGGAUGCCGUUGCACUUGCCAUGGCUCAAAAACGACGUCCAAGUUUUAUGAGAAUAGAUGAAGUGAAGCUACCAGCUGAAGGACAGUUUGAUGCUUUUGAAUUGAGCCAAGAGGAAUCUGAUGACGUGCGGUUUAAGCAGGCUUGGCUUGCGUAUUUCUGGAGAAGAGCGAAAAACCAUGGAAUCGAAUCGGACUUAGCAGAAGAGCGUUUGCAGUUCUGGAUCAACCACACGAGUCGGUCACUCACAUCACAUGAUGCAGUUGAUGUUGAGCGUGGACUAUCGGAGCUGAGGAAGUUAAGCAUCGAGAGCCAGCUAUGGCAAGACUCUCGAAAAGGGAUCGACAUUGACUGAAAUUCUAUACAAUCAUAAACUUUUGGUCAUUUCUAACAUUUUAUUUUCUCAAAGAUUUGCUAUUCAAGAAUCAAUUCAAUUACUUGAGAGAUAAGUGUUCUUUUAAUGCUGCUUGGGUUGGAAUCAACUUUAGAUUUGAGUAUGUUUUUUUCUCUUCUAUCUAUCAAUAUGCUGAAAGUAAAAUUUAACAUGUAACUAAAUAAUCUGAUUUGUUGUAAACAAUCAUGACUCUGUCAAAUGUAAAAUUUCAACUGUCUUUGCUAAGGAUUUUCCUUAGCAAUUUAUAAUUCUUGGUUUAAAUUUUCAACA